AUGGCCGCAUGGAACGUCUUCAAUCUCAUUCUGGGUGUCGGCAUCAUGGGUCUACCCUACGCUUGCGCCGGCGCCGGAUGGUACUCCAUUCCGAUGAUUAUUGUGAUUGGUGCUGUCUGCUGCUAUGCCGGUCAACUGGUGGGCGAAUGUCUCUACAGUCACCGACCCAAGGCUGGUGACCAGAUUAAGGAGACCUUGAACGAGUCCGAGUUCGACGUCCGAUGA